AUGCAAGGCUUCAGCAAGAGAUGUCGGUCGCCAAGUUUGAUAAACUAUAACGUCGAUCAGAUUUGUGGAGAUGAUGCUGAGGAUGACACUGAUACAAACGCCUCCCGACAACCAUCGGGAUCCUCGCCAGUCUUGCUCACUCCCUAUGGAGGACCGGGUGAGCCGAACCCGGAUUCCUUCACGAGAACAGCACAGUCCACCGGUCCGAACUCUAGAGAGCGCAACUCUGUACGUGUCAGUCGACAUCAAUUGCAGGCUGCAAUCGCUCAGGCUCAAGGUCUCCUUAGUGGUAGUGGCUUACACAUACCACCACCCUCCUCUUCGCAGGUGGCGACUGGUCAGAUUCCAGAACCGGGCCUUUUUAGACACAAUUCAGUCAUUACUGCUUCUCCACGUUUCUCUACGCAGGUUAGCGGUAGUUCUACGUCUCCGACCACAAACUCUGCCACUCCGCGGAUCACGGCAAGCGCAUUGUCACAAGCUCUCGCAUCCGUGCCAUCCCUCACUGCCCGUCAGAACCUCCCAACCACUUCCUCAUCAUCCACCGCUGCUUCACACACAGCUGAAUCCAUCGCUGUUCAUACUGAAAAUCGGUGGGCGACGCAGUUAGCUCAGCUGGCUGAAAUGGGCGUCACAGAUGAGCUGGCUGCUAGACAAGCUCUUGAGGCAACCAACGGUGAUAUUGCAAUGGCUGUGCAACUGUUAUUCGGUUGA